AUGCUCGCACCGAGGAUCUUCUCGAAGCGCCGCGCCUUUCUCUUCCUCCUCCUCGUCGGCCUCCUCGCCGGCCUCGUCGUCGUCUCGUCCGGUCUAGGCGAGUUUUGCGACGAGGACGGCUACUGCGAAAUACCCGGCAUCCGCUUCGGCGCCCGUCGUGGGCCCGGCGACGCCGCCAAGAAGCCUCCUCGCCGCGCCGGCGGCCGCAAGACGGGUCCCCGCCGGGACUGCGUCGACUUUCCCGACACGUCCGAUGUCCUCCUCGUCAUGAAGACGGGCGCGUCCGAGUCCUUUGGCAGGGUCUCGAACCAGAUCCUGACCAACCUCAAGUGCCUGCCCGACUUCCUCAUCUUCAGCGACAUGGCCCAGGACUUUGCCGGCUACGCCAUCCACGACAGCCUCGACGCCGUCCUGGACGAGGUGAGGAGGAACAACAGCGACUUCGACCUCUACAACCGUCAGCAGCGGUGCGCCGUCGACGUCGGCUCCUGCAACAAGAACCACGACGUGAGCCAGGAGGCGUGGAACCUCGACAAGUACAAGAACAUCCACAUGGCCGAGAAGGCCUUUGCCUUGCGGCCCGACCACGAGUGGUACCUCUUCGUCGACGCCGACACCUACGUCGUGUGGCCCACCAUGAUGAGGUGGCUGCGGGCGCUCAACCCGGACGAGGCCCACUACAUCGGCAGCGUCGCCUACAUCGGCGAGGUGCCCUUUGCCCACGGCGGCAGCGGAUAUCUCGUGUCGAAGGCGGCCAUGCAAAAGAUGUUCCGAGGCAAAACCGGCGUCGGCAACAGCUGGGACGAGCGCGUGGCGCAGGAGUGCUGCGGCGACUACAUGUUUGCCAUUGCCCUCAAGAACGAGACGGGCGUGGAGGUCAAGAAUGCGUGGCCGACCGUCAACGGCGAGAAGCCGCACACGUUGCCGUACGCCGAGGACCAGUGGUGCCAGCCGAUCGUGACGAUGCACCACGUCAGCGCCCAGGAAGUAUCCGAGCUCUGGGCCUUGGAGAAGGAGCGCAACUUUUCGGCGCCGCUGCGGAUCAAGGACCUGUACCACGAGUUCGUCGAGGAGCAGCUCGUGCCGACGCGGGACGCCUGGGACAACAUGAGCGACGACGUCUUCUACCUCAACCGCUCGGCCUCGGAUUACAGCGAGUACGAGCUCUCCAUGGCCAAGGAGGGAAGGCUAUCCAAGCUCGAGCAGCAUGCCCAUCAAAGUUUCGAGGACUGCCGCCGCGUGUGCAAGAGCAUCCGCAGCUGCCUCCAGUACCGGUUCUGGAACGGCAUCUGCUCCACCAGCAAGGCCCUCAAGCACGGCGUCCCGACGAAGGUGGAAAAGGAGAAAUGGUGGGAGUACCGGAGCGGGUGGGACAUGACGCGCAUCCAGAAAUGGGUCAAGAGCCAUGGAAAGUGCCGCAAGCCUCAGUAUCCCACCUCAUGGUGA